AUGCGGAAAGCUCAGUACCUGCAAACCCCUACCCAAGACGACGAUUCGACCUCACGCUCUUCCGCCGUCGACUGUGACACGAUCCCGUCUCUGCAAGCAACACCCAACCGAGCCGAUACACCAGUAGUGAUAGCCUCACUCAGCUCUGCCCCUCGCACUGCUCCCUCUGAAUGGUGCGCCGCUUCCACCAAGACCGAUACUGCCAGCGCAAGAUCCCCGAGUCGCCCGUCCGGCCUGUGUCCCCGGCGACAUCCCUCACUCUUUGUUGGAUCAUGCAUCCCGCCAGCUGAUAUACUUUCCGGUCAACCGGCGCCAUCUCUCCCGCCUGUCCACUCAAACGCCGUCUCGCCUAGUUUGAUUGCUCGCGCCUCAAACCGGCAACAACACGACCUCACCCAGUUUGACGGUACCCAACCACUGCGCUUUCUCGGCAAGCGACCGUUCCGGCUGGCCCAGCUCAGCUCCGCCAUGGCAUCCGAUCCGCCCAAGAAGCACCGCACAGGCUCAUCGCCUCCCAAACGGUUCGAGCUACCCUCCGUUGCCACGGCGCCUCUUACAAGAACUUCGGCACGACAAUUCCGCGAGCCCGUCUGUUCUCCUCUCUUCUUCUCUAACUCGCCUAUACGACAUAAGAGCAGGCCAUCGGCCGACUCGACGUCUGAUCUCGCCGCCAGUAUGCUCGCCCCUCUCGGCCAAGAUUCACGCGAGACCGUAACGACUCUCAAGCUUCCCAGGACCAGCGUCAGCGCCGUUAGUCCCACAGCGUCUGGAAGCACCCCAGGCAGCCUGGCCUCUUCCAUAGACGUCUCGGGAUCCUCUACAAGCCCCGACAGCGUCGUCAUGCCUGGCAACUUGCAAAUCCUCCGCUCCAUUGGUAUACUGGAGCUUCUAGAAAACGAUAUACGACCUACCUUUAUGAUUAAUCUUCAAAACCCGUCCAACACGACCCAACCUCACCUUCCUAUACAAUAUUCCAACCCUUCCCUUCGCGCUUGUUACGAGUUACAUCCUUUAGUAAACGCCGGCUUCGAGAGCAACCCGACAACUCCAGAAUUCAACCACUUCAGGGAAUGGGUUCUCUGCUCGACGCCAACAGCAGAACAGCCGGAGCUCGGCUUCCCUACAUGUGAGUACGGUCACAUCACUUGGACCAAGUCGACAGUCCGACAACGAUUCCGCUUCGUAUCUGGGAGCAUCAACCUGAGAGAGUCUUCCGACAUUUCCGAUCAUGGGGCCCCCAGCGCGGAAGCUCCCGAAUGCCCCGAUGAGGAUACCAUCCCCUCAAAGCUGGAGGCCCAAGCAGAUUCCGAGGCGGAUGCUCUGGAACCACUGGAUUACUUUGGCGACGCUGCCGUUGAGCCAUCUGCUGACAGCAGAGCUAAUAACUUUGAGAGAGCAUUGAUCCAUCAAUCACAAAACCUACAACCCGGGCACCCCGAUGAAUUCACCAACCAAGUAUUACAGUCCAAGGAGUCGAGGCCCUUUUUCGACUGGACAAGAAUACCCAUGACCGAUUCUCUCCCCGAGCACAUCAAACUGGUAAAGACGACAGACUGGGCGUCUACACCGCUAGGUCCCAUUGAGGAAUGGCCUCACGAGUUGAGGACGCUUUCGAAUCUCGUUAUGGGUAGUCCACACGCUGCCACGUUAUAUUGGGGGCCUGAAUAUAUCAGCCUAUACAACGCCGCGUACGUCGAACUCGUUGGCAAAAAACACCCACGUAUCAUGGGAAUGAGGCAUUUUGACGCUUGGGAGGAAAUUUACGAUGAGUUCGAGCCCGUUUUCCGGAGUGCUUGGGAAUCUGGUCAGGCAACUAUGAAACACGACAGCCGCCUCUUCCUGCGGCGGGAUGGCUAUCUCGAAGAGACGUUCUUUUCAUGGUCUCUGGUACCGGUAGUUGGAGGAGAUGGUCAAGUUGUAGGCUUAUACAGCCCUGCAUUCGAAAACACUCGUCGGAAAAUCAACGAAAGACGCAUGCUUACGUUGCGAGAGAUUGGUGAACGGACCGCUACGGCGACUACGGUGAGCGGAUUUUGGCCCUUGGUCCAACAAGGACUCGAAUACAACGAGUUUGACGUCCCGUUCAAUCUUAUUUAUUCCACAUCCAAGGAGGACGCAGAGAGCGAAAUAUCAUCUGUGCGUUCUGGGAGCCUGUCACACCCAACCCAUCUCACGCUUGAAGCGUCAUCCGGCGCGCCAGAGGGACACCCGGCUGCCCCAAAGAUAGUCGAUUUACGCACAUAUGACGGCGGCUUCGCGCCGUAUAUCAGAAAAUCCAUCAACAUGGGCGGUAUUCCUAUCGUAUUAUCCCAGAGAAAUGGCACUCUCCCUGAGGAACUCAUCGAAGGUCUCCAGUGGCGUGGAUUCGGUGACCCUUGCAGGACAAUCGUCGUUCAUCCCAUCGUCUCUACUAGCGCCGGCGAAUCUGUGACUGACUUUUUGAUCAUCGGCGUUAACCCAAGGCGACCUUAUGAUGACGACUACCAGCUCUUUAUUCAUUUAUUGGCAAGACAACUGGCAACUUCUAUGGCGUCAGUCGUACUCUUUGAAGAGGAAAUCAAGCGUGGGCAAAUGGCGGCGAAGCUUGCUGCCGAGGAUCGCCGAGAGCUCUCGAUGCAACUCCUUCUUCGAACGCAAGAAGCAAACGAAAGCGAGCAUAGAUUCACGCGGAUGGCGGCGUACGCGCCAGUCGGCAUGUUUAUUGCAGACGCUGCAGGCAAAAUCAACUACUGCAACGAUAUGUGGUGGCACAUCUCACGUUGCGCCCGUGAAGAUAUGCUAGAGGACGUUUGGAUGGAUCUUGUCCACCCAGAGGACAAAGACGCCCUGGGGCGUGCCUGGACAACAUUGGUUGAGGAGAAAGUCAUCGUCUCUCAGGAAUUUCGGUUCAAGACAUCUGAACAAGAAGGGGAUCAUACAAAAGAUAAUUGGGUUCUGAUGAGCGCUUUCCCGGAGCAAAAUGCGGAUGGCCAUCUCAAGUCCAUCUUUGGCUGCAUAACCGAUAUUUCCUCACAGAAGUGGGCAGAAAGAGUCCAAAUUGAACGGAGAGAGGAAGCUGUCGAACUCAAGCGGCAGCAGGAGAAUUUCAUCGACAUUACCAGCCAUGAAAUGCGCAAUCCCCUCUCUGCGAUUCUGCAGUGCGCAGAUCAAAUCGCAAACAACAUCACUGCAUUCAACACGCGCAAUAUCGAGCACGUCGAGGCACUUCUCGAAAGCUGCCUUGAUGCGGCUAACACGAUUAAUCUGUGCGCAAGCCACCAAAAGCGAAUCGUUGAUGACAUUUUGACGCUGUCCAAGCUGGACUCGAACUUACUUACCGUUACUCCAGUAGCGGAACAGCCAGUGAGGGUCGUACGCCGGACACUCAAAAUGUUUGAAGCUGAGCUUGCAGCCCACGAUAUUGAUUUUGAAUUUACGGUCGACGAUAGCUUCGAAAAGCACGGGGUCAAGUGGACGAAGCUCGACCCAUCACGCCUCCGCCAGGUCCUGAUCAAUCUGAUGACCAAUGCGAUCAAAUUUACCCAAGGGCGCCAAAAUCGACAUAUCAAGGUUGUCCUGAGUGCCUCGCGCGAUAUUUCCGAGGUCGCCAGCGAGAGCACCUACUUUCCUCGAAAUGCCAAUCAGAUUGGCAGCGCAAUGGACAUUGACAGCGAGGACGACUGGGGCACUGGUGAUAAGAUUAACAUUCACUGCACCGUCGAGGACACCGGGCCUGGUCUCGCGGAAGAGGAGCUCCGUAUUCUGUUUCAGCGGUUCAAGCAGGCAACGCCCAGGACCCAUGUGCAGUACGGUGGCUCCGGCCUGGGCCUCUUCAUUUCGCGCAUUCUGACCGAGAUGCAGGGCGGCCAAAUCGGUGUGACGUCCACGGCCGGCCAGGGAAGCAAGUUUAGCUUCUACAUCCAAAGCCGGCAGUGCGCCGACGCAUCCGAGCCGUUUGAGUCUCUCUCGUGCUUUUCCCUUUCGCGACAGUGCCGCUUGGUGGCUGGCCCUGAAGCCGGCGGCCAAGCGGAAUGUGCCACCCACGGUCAGCUGGCCGGCGGCGGCGCCCGAAAGCCACCCUCCUCUACCCCGGCCGGCGGCGGCGGCAGCAGCAGCAGCAGUGCGCAGCACGAUGUGCUCAUCGUCGAAGACAACAUCGUCAAUCAAAAGGUGCUGCAGCGGCAGCUCGUCAACCGCGGACACACCACCUUCGUGGCCAACCACGGGCAGGAGGCGCUCGAGACGCUGCGGCGGUCGCGCUUCUGGCGGGGCCGCGAGCGCGACGGCGUCGCCAUCUCCGUCGUGCUCCUCGACCUCGAGAUGCCCGUCAUGGACGGCGUGACGUGCGCCCGCCGCGUGCGCGCGCUUGAGCGUGCAGGCACCAUCACCCGCCACGUUCCCAUCAUCGCCGUCACCGCGUACGCCCGCCCGGAGCAGAUUGCCGACGCCAAGGCCGCGGGAAUCGACGACGUCAUCUCCAAGCCGUUUCGCAUCCCGGAGCUGCUGCCGCGCAUCGACGAGCUCGUCAGCCAGCACGGCGGCGGUGACAAAAGUGGCACGCUGCCCUCCACGUAG